AUGUUUUCCAGAGUUGUUUGGAGUUUGUUUGUCCUGUCAUUAACAUUUUGGGUCGUUGCCUCCAACGAAUUGAGCCGGACAAGCAGCAAAUGUCCAAGAGAGUGCGAAUGUACCACAACGAGCCAAUUCUUCAUGUCCUGUGGUUCCAAAGGAAGUUUGACAACUAUUCCGUCCUCUAUACCUCUCAAAGUAGAAUUCUUGUCAAUUUACAGGAACAUGGUUACAGAGAUACCGGAGAGUGCUUUAAGAAAUUUGACAAAUUUGAUGACCUUGAAUUUACGGUCGAACAAAUUGCGUGAUUUUCCAGCGACGGUGUUUCGUGACUUGAUUCGACUCAAAUCUUUCAACGCCGGUUUCAACAAGCUGUCGUCACUACCAAGGCUCCUUUUUCACGGAUUAAGAGACCUCCAACAGAUCUAUCUUGAUAAUAACGCCAUUGAGAGCAUUCCCGAGGAAUUGUUUCAAGAUCUACCGUCCUUGAGGCAAUUAGAUCUCCACCGUAAUAAACUCAAGAAGUUUCCGGGAAACGCUUUUCAAGGAUCGUUCUCUUUACAAGUUCUGUCACUGGCAAAUAACCACUUAACAAGCAUUAACGAAGGAACAUUUCAUUCCCAGACCACACUUAAGACGCUUACAAUCAGAGACAACAGAAUCGUGAACAUAUCGAAAAACGCAUUUACAGAUCUCAGAGAGCUAAAAACGCUGCGACUUCAAAACAAUAACAUAUCUUCAAUUCCAGAAGGAGCUUUCAGUGGAUUAAAAAGAGGUAUAGAUGUUUAUCUUAACGGUAAUCCGUUUCAUUGCAGCUGCGAAUUGCGUUGGUUAAAAGUCUGGUUGAGAUUCAAGGCAAAAUAUAUCCCCUCAACUGCUCUCCGUGCAACGUGUUCAAAGCCAGAUCAUUUAAAGGGAACGUCAGUUAUACGCGCAUCAAAUGACCAUUACAACUGCGUAAAUGGUCAGUGGACAUAUUGGAGCCCCUGGAGUGCCUGUAAUAGUACUUGCGGAGCCGGUGUACGAGCCUCGACAAGAAGCUGUACAAAUCCUCCACCAGGGAGGGGUGGAAAGAAUUGCAAAGGGAGAUACAUAAAGACAAAGAGCUGUAAAGGUCAAGCCUGUGAAGCUAGCUGGACGGCCUGGUCAGAAUGGAGUCCAUGUAGCAAAUCUUGUUCAACAGGAAUGAAAAGAAAGACUCGUUCUUGUCGACACUCUCGCAAAGGGUUGAUUAGAAACACCUGUAAUGGGCCUUCACAAGAAACACGCAGUUGUACAAGAGGGCCAUGCAGAGGUAAGGGCGAAUGGAGUCCAUGGUCCUCUUGUAGUGUAACGUGUUCUUGGGGUACUAGAAUGAGAAUGAGAACGUGUAAGGACUCGCAAGCUAAAAAUCCUGGACAACCAUGCUUUGGAGCAGAAAUUUCCACAGAAAUGUGUUAUUUAGGCUUCUGCCCAGUUCAUGGUGAUUGGUCAGUUUGGUCCAGUUGGUCAAGCUGUAAUGCAUCAUGUUCAGGGGGAAUAAGGACAAGAUUCAGAACAUGUACCAACCCUCUUCCUCAGUAUGGUGGAAAAAUAUGUGAUGGAGAUUCGACCCAAAAACAGUCUUGCAAUACAGAGCCAUGUCCUAUCCAUGGAGGAUGGACUGCUUGGUCAAACUGGUCCCACUGUUCAGUGACAUGUGCAAGGGGCUCUCAGAUGAGGUUUAGGACUUGCAGUGACCCAAAACCUCAACAUGGAGGCCACAACUGCUCUGGUAAUUCCUCUGAUAUUAAGUAUUGUGACCUUGGUUCAUGUCCUAUCAAUGGAGGAUGGACUGCUUGGUCAAACUGGUCCCACUGUUCAUUGACAUGUUCAAGGGGCUCUCAGAUGAGGUUUAGGACUUGCAGUGACCCAAAACCUCAACAUGGAGGCCACAACUGCUCUGGUAAUUCCUCUGAUAUUAAGUAUUGUGACCUUGGUUCAUGUCCUAUCAAUGGAGGAUGGACUGCUUGGUCAAACUGGUCCCACUGUUCAUUGACAUGUUCAAGGGGCUCUCAGAUGAGGUUUAGGACUUGCAGUGACCCAAAACCUCAAAAUGGAGGCCACAACUGCUCUGGUAAUUCCUCUGAUCUUAAGUAUUGUGACCUUGGUCCAUGUCCUAUCCAUGGAAGAUGGACUGCUUGGUCAAACUGGUCCCAUUGUUCGGUGACAUGUUCAAGGGGCUCUCAGAUGAGGUUCAGGACUUGCAGUGACCCAAAACCUCAACAUGGAGGCCACAACUGCUCUGGUAAUUCCUCUGAUCUUAAGUACUGUGACCUUGGUCCAUGUCCUAUCCAUGGAGGAUGGACAACCUGGUCAUCAUGGAGUGACUGCAGCAAAACAUGUGCAAAUGGCACAAGAAUUCGCAACAGAACUUGUAGUAAUCCCUUUCCACAAUUCUGGGGAAGAAAUUGCUCUGGUGAGGUAUUAGAAAUCACAUCAUGUACCAAAGCACCUUGUCCCAUUCCUGGUAAAUGGGCAGCUUGGUCACAUUGGACUAAGUGUAGCAAAAGCUGCUCCACUGGUACAAAGUCUAGGGUACGAACUUGCAACAACCCUGCCCCCAAGAAUGGAGGUCAAGCCUGUAAUGGAAACACUAUUCAGACUGAGAAUUGCCAAGAAAUACCAUGCCCUAUUCAUGGAGGGUGGAGUAAAUGGUCAAAGUGGACUGGUUGCAGUAAGACCUGUGGUAAAAGUACAAAGUCACGCAGUAGAACAUGCAGCAAUCCCCCUGCACAACAUGGAGGGAACAAUUGUCCUGGUAAUUCUAGCCAAACUGAAUAUUGUAGUCAGCAUGCCUGUUUUUUACACAGAGAAUGGUCAGAAUGGUCAAUUUGGACAAGCUGUAGUAAAUCCGGUGAUAUUGGACACCAGACAAGGACACGGCAGUGCAAGAAUUCAAGCCAUGAAGCUGUUGAAAGAGAAAACAUUGUUUCCUGCAGAGGAAACCAGACAGAAAUGAGGACCUGCUUGCAAGGACUUUGUUCCAAUCAAAGCAUAUUGAAUGAAUGGUCAAACUGGACUCAAUGUUCAGUCAGUUGUGGAUUGGGAAAGCAACAUAGAUUCAGGAAUUGUAGUGGAAAUGGAGGCAUGGGUAAUGAAGGUUGCCAAGGUUCAGAGCUGCAGGUGAAAACUUGUUUUGAGAAUGAGUGCCCGGUGAAUGGUGGAUGGAAUGUGUGGUCUAAUUGGACUGCAUGUUCCUCAUCUUGUGGUACUGGAGGCCAGGUGAGAUUUAGAUUUUGCACCAACCCCAAACCAGAGGCUGGAGGCAAUGGCUGUCAUGGUGAAAAUGUCAUGUACAAAAGCUGCUUUAUCAAGCCAUGUGAUAAAAAUGAUUCUUUUUGGUCUUCUUGGACAAGUUGGUCCCAGUGUUCCACAACUUGCUCUAAGGGACAUCAGACCCGAUUGAGGUACUGCAGAAGGAGAAGUCCCUUUCAUCUUGGAAACUGUGCAGAUGCCAAUGAUGGACCUAUCCAAGUGGAAAGCAACAUCUGUGAAGUGAAACCCUGUGCAGUAUGGAGUAGCUGGUCACCAUGGGAAGCUUGCAGCCAGACAUGCGGUGGUGGCACAAGAAAGAGAAACAGAAAAUGCAACCGCAUAGAUAGUGACAUGAUUUGUGAAGGAAAUAAUUCACAAGCUGUAAGCUGCAAGCCAGAUCCAUGUCCAACAUUUCGUCCAAUCACAUAUCCUGCAAAAAUUACUCUAGGAACACCAAGUCUAUGCCCUGAUCCUGAAAAACCUCAAAAUGGUUAUUUCAAGAAAAUUGAACAAUAUGGAUCUCACUUUGUCACAUAUCAUUGUAAGCAACAUUAUUUCGUCCAUGGACCAAGACUACGGCAUUGUGAAAAUGAUGGUUUGUGGUCUGAUGAUGUUCCUUUCUGCCUUCCCAUAUGUGGAGAGUCCAGGUUGAGCCAUGACAAUACACAUCAUUCCCGUUUAAGGAUAUUUGGAGGUGGCACAGCCAUGCCUGAUCAGUGGCCAUGGCAAGUAGCUUUGAUUGUUGAUGAACAUUUUCACUGUGGUGGAUCUCUUGUGGCAGAAAACUGGGUUGUAACAGCUGCUCAUUGUGUAUAUGAUAGACAAACAAGAAAGCUUUAUUCCAGUAUCAAAAUUCAUCUUGGAGUUCAUGAUAUUACUUAUGCACUAGGAGAUCCACAUGUCCAAAGUACAGACAGCAUAGAAAUAGUGCCCCAUCCAAACUUCAACUGGACGACCUUUGACUCAGAUUUAGCACUGAUAAAACUUAGAAGGAGAGCAAAUAUGACUGAUCAUGUACGUCCAGUGUGUUUACCCAGCAAGCAGCAGAGGCGUGGUGUAACUCCUGGUACAAUGGGUGUAAUGUUAGGGUGGGGAGUCACAGAAAUAGGAAAAAACACAACUGAAUUACAACAAGUUGACAUGCCAGUUGUCUCUAAUAAAAACUGUCGAAGGGCUUAUUUGAGUGAGACUUGGCUUGUUACAUCUAAUAUGCUCUGUGCAGGGUAUUCUAGUAACCAUAAAGAUUCUUGCAAAAGAGACAGUGGGGGAGGGUUUCUAUUUCGAGAUACAAAAGGUAAAAAGAAGAAAUGGUUUCUGGGAGGAAUAAUUAGCUGGGGUAAUCCUAAAUGUGGAAUUCCUGGUAAAUAUAGUGUUUUUACUCAUAUUAAUGGCAGAUUUACAAGAUGGAUUAAGGAUCAUAUAUUUUAUAGUUAAAAUAUCUUUAACCCUUUAACUCCCAGAGGUGGUUAACAUGUGACCUCUCCUUAUAAUAUCCAUAAAUUAUCCAGUAGGCAGGUAAUAAGAAUAGUCAAACAUAUCAGGUUAAAGUUGUUAUCUUGAUCUAACACCAAAUUCUUGCAGAUAUUUUACAAGGAAAUUUGGUGCAGCUAGAGGAGAGCGUUAACAAUCAGAUCAUUGGGAGUAAAAGGGUUAAACAGCUAACGGUCCAACUUUCUCUUUUAGUGUUUAUGUUGUUCAUGACAUAUCUGCUACACAUUCAUAAAAUACCAUGUAUAUUUUACUGCUGAAAGAAGCAUGGCUUUUGAAGCAUUUAGUUUUUCAUCAAGACAUUGAAAGACAUUGUCAUCAGAUGUUCAUUGAAAAGAGAAACAUUUUGUAUCGAAUUUUAGAUUUUCACAAAUUGGUAUAUAUAGUUUACAUAAAUAGUAUCAUUAUUACAAUUUAUUUAAUCCAAUUUUCUGUAUAUCUAUAAUUAUAGUAUUUUUAUACAACAUAUGAAUAUUCCUGAAAAUUGAAUCAUUGAUUCAAACACAAUCCAGGAUUUUGGAAAGCUUAAAGUUAGAGUGAAUUUUUCCCAAUGACAUAACAAGGCACUUAUUAGGACUGUUUGUAUAACACUGGUUUGAUAUGAUUUAAUAUUAUAGUAAAUAACUGUAUAUUAAAGUUAUAAAUUAUACUAUAGCAUAUAAUAACUGUACAUAUAUUAAAAAAAUUCAAAACAUUUUUGAAAAUAUUUCUGUAAUGUACGCCAUAAAGAUAUAAUUUAGCAAAAAUGGCCAAAUUUCACUCCAGCAUCAUUGACAUGAAUUUUUUUAUACCCAUUAAAAAUCUGUACAGCUGUCAUUUUUCAUUCUUUAUAACCUUCAUUAGAGAUAUUUCCAUCUGAUGUGUCGUACUAUAGCUUUCCAGUUUAGCGCACAGAAAUAUAAACCAGUAUUGCCCUCCUAAGAAAUAUAAAUCAAUUUGAAAGAAAGUAUUUUCUUUAAACAAUUGUUGAUGGCUGAGUCUUUUUCUGUAGGUGAAUUAAUUGCAAGUGGUAAACCUUAAUGAUUUAUCACUGACUCAAAGAUAUUUUAAAGGGCAGUGUUUGCCCCUAACCCCUGUCUACAUAGUUUUUGCACAUAAAAAGAUGUCCUUUUCAGGACCCUUACAGAAACCCAGAUAAAAGAAAAACUGAUCAAUUAUCAUAUUAACGCGCUUGGAAAAUUAAUAAAAUUUUUGCCUUGAAUUUAUUCAAAUUUCUUCAAGAUUUGCGACAGACUUGUAUCGUCCUGUAUUCAAAAAUUGUGUUUUGUAUAACUUGUAAUGAUGUACGUUACUCUUAUAGAAAUAAAAAAAAUUAAGCAGAUUUUUAACCAACCUAUUUUAUGAAUAUUCCCGUACCUUCCUGGUUGAUCAUGAAGAACUGUUGAGACUGAAGACGCCAGCGAUAAUUCAAAGCUUUUGAACAGAGGCAUGAUUGAUUUGCCCAUGCGCCCAUUUUUUUUUUUUUUUUUUCAACUCUCUAUCUCUCUCUUAAUGGCGACCAUAAUACUCUGUUCUGUUAUGAUAUUAUUUGGCCAACAAUAACAGAUUGAUUGUUGUGUUUGGUUAUUUCCAGUGCUAGGAGCCGUUUCCAUGGACUAUCCCCUUAACUGGGUAAGUUUGCCAGCUAUUGGGACACAAGUCCUCAAAGUUUGGCCUGUCUCCGUUCGCCUCAUGGACGUCGAUCGAAAAGUGCUUCUAAUUGAGUCGCAAAUAUAUAUAUAUUAAGUCAUACCGCACUAUAUCCCUUUUAGGCUCACCAGCAGGACCGAAAAGCUGAGGCUUUGGUCAACCACAGGAAAUUUGCCGAUGCCAUAAUUUGUCAUCAAAAGGCAUCAGGUAAGGUUUAAAGGGAUCAAGUAAUAAAAUGUUACACAGACGACAACGUGACCGUCGACUUACUGUGCAUUGAUUGACCUUGAGUGUGUAAGUCAAUUGUACCUGUAAUGCAACAUACCAUGUCGAAUGAUAGGAGUUAUGUGAUAACCAGAAUUAUUCACACAAAUGUUUUGGCUCAUACUUAAGAGCUGUUGGAGGAAAGAUGCAUAGAUGAUGUGAAAAUGCACAACAUUUUAUUUUUUAUCAUAUAAAGCAGAUGUAUCCCAUGUUGCCAUGGGUCUGUACAACAACAGAUUACAGAAGAGGCUUGAAUGGGGUAACAACAUCAGAGACACACUUGGCUGCCACUUGUUCCACUUUUUUCGUUCUUACCACAAUUUGUUAAUUGGAAUAUUGAGACUCACAACACUCUGGUAAUAAUCCAUUUGAUCUCCCUAUUCUAACCCAAAGAAUGUUGUUGCAAGAAAUUAUUUAAUUAUAAGAAAAAAAAGAAGGAUUAUAAAAUAUGCUUAAUUUUGAUAGUUACUGCUAGGUAAUACUUUCAUAACUAGUAUUUUUUUAUGUACCAGAAUAUAUGAGAGAUUUCAUGUCAAUUAUUUUCUUUUGAAAUUUGUUUGAUAAUUUAGAAUUCCUCCUGGAGGCUAUGAAGAUGACUCAAGUGAAACAGGUAAAAAAACUUAUUAACCACAUAAAAUUUGUCAUUCUCCUUACUGUCAACCAUACAACUAUUAUUUUCUUUAUAUUCAAUAUUUAUCUGGUUGAUAUUGUAUUGAUAUUGUAAGGAGAAAUUCUGUCUUGGUCACUCAUGGGAGUUAAAGGGUUAAGAGACAAAAAUGAUACUUUAAACAUGAAGUCCUGCCAUAAGUAGAUUGGUCCCUUGCUUUCAGCUCAAAUGCAUUUUACUCCAUGGUAAUAUUACACUAUGGCAAAGCAAAUCAUUUCAAAUUUACCACCACAAAUAAAGAUGGUUUCAAUUAGAGAAAGGAGAUACAAACCUCAAAUAAUUCAUCCUUUGUGAUAAAAAUGUAUAAACUUAUCAAAGCUUUUGAGAAAUCUGUCUGCUGUUCUCUUGCUUUGGGUCAGCUGCAGCUCAAGCUGUUUUGAAUGUAGUGGUUGGUAUGUCACAAUGAUUGAUCGACAAACAAUCCAGAGCUACCUAAGGCAUCUCUCCUUUUAUGGUGCACCUUUGCAUUUCAGCAGUCCUCCUAGCUUAGGAGUUUCAAUAGCAGGCAGGUAGUAGGUAGAUCUUCUUGCUUGAAACACACUGGCUACCUGUUUGUAGCUUUUAUACAAAUGUCAUUUUACUCCUAAUGAGCAUAUAAUUUGGUCAAAAGUGAUCAAAUUGGUUGAGUUCUAGUAUCAGCAAAGGCACAUAAUUUGAAAUAGACCUCACACUGCAGGAAAAUCCAAUUUCAAAUGUCUGAAACUACAAAAUUUCCAAGGGAAGCCCAGACCCCCCAUCUAAUGAGAAGCCAAUCCCUGGCAUUUGACUAGAUCUUAUGGUCAAACCAGUUCUAGGUAUCUUCUUCUUUUGUUUGUUUGUUUUUCUGGAGACUAAUGUUAUUUUAUUGAGCUUUGAUAAAUGGUUACUUUGGAAAAGUUGAGCUUUGAGAUGUGAUAAAUGAUUUCAGUUUUCCAGUGUGACAAUAAUUUAAUGCAAGUUAUUUUGUCUCCUUCAACUAGGCAUUAGUUUCCUUGCAGUUACAGAUAAACAGUCAUUGUCGACAGCAAAGAGUCCUGAGAGAAAAAUGGAAGCAAUGUCAAAUUGAGCAAGAGAGGAGAAAACAAGAGCAGGUGAAAAAAUUGCAAGAAAGGCAAAAUCAGGAAGCUGUUCAAAGUGAAAUUUCAUCAAAAUUAGAGGAGAAGACUUCUAAUGAAUCAGUUGAUGGGAAAAAUAAUACAGAAUGUUCACAAUCAAGUAGCUUGGUAAUAUCUGCAGAGAACUUUUCAGUAUCAUCCACAAGUUCAUCUUCUGAUUGUGCUGCUUCUAGAGAUGAAAAAUCAGUUGUAAAAGAUCUUGAAGGACAAGUCAGUGAAUUGCAAAUGCAGGUUCUUUCUCUCAGUCAGGAUUUGGAGGACUCUAACAGAGAGAACUCAAGGCUAAGGAAAGCCCUGGACAAUGUACGACAAAUUUUACGGUCCAAAUUUGGUUAUGACCUUGAGGAUGAAAUGUUUGCCAUUAAUCUUAUCAAGAGCCAGAAGGAAACUGACUCUGAGGCAAUUUCUCAUGAUACAGAAUUAAAUAUACCAGCUGAGAAUGACAAAAGGAUUGCAUAUGUACAGUCUGAUAAGGAUUAUGAAGAGUCAGACCAAGAAAUUAAAGAACUUGAAGAAAUUAAAGAACUUAAAGAACUUGAAGAAAUUAAAGAAAUUAAAGACGAUAUAUCUCUUCCACCCUUAGAGACUCCCCAAUUUACCUAUGAAAGUGCAGUAGGAUAUGAAGAAACCACUUAA